GCGAGCUGAGUCCGCAGCCCAAACCCGGGGCGGGGAGACAGCGACGCGGCUGCCUCGGGACCCCGGAACCCAGGACCCCACCGGGCCGGUUGGCCCGCCCCGCUCGGCUCCUGCCGCCGCCGCCGCAGCCCGGAACAAGAAGAUGUGCUCCAGAACCCCGCUGCCCCUGCUGCUGCCACUGCUGCUGCCGCUGCUGGCCCCAGAGCCCGGAGUGCGGGGCUGCCCAGCCGGCUGCCAGUGCAACCAGCCACAGACGGUGUUCUGCACCGCCCGUCAGGGAACCACGGUGCCCCGUGACGUGCCACCCGACACAGCGGGCCUGUACAUCUUCGAGAACGGCAUCACCACGCUCGACGCAGGCAGCUUUGCCAGCCUGCCGGGGCUGCAGCUCUUGGACCUGUCGCAGAACCAGAUCGCCAGCCUGCCCAGUGGGGUCUUCCAGCCACUCGCCAACCUCAGCAACCUGGACCUGACGGCCAACAGGCUUCGCGAGAUCACCAACGAGACCUUCCGUGGCCUGCGGCGCCUGGAGCGCCUCUACUUGGGCAAGAACCGCAUCCGCCACAUCCAGCCUGGAGCCUUUGACACGCUCGACUGCCUCCUGGAGCUCAAGCUGCAGGACAAUGAGCUGCGGGCACUGCCCCCGCUGCGCCUGCCACGCCUGCUGCUGCUUGACCUCAGCCACAACAGCCUCCCGGCCCUGGAGCCCGGCACCCUGGACGCUGCCAACGUGGAGGCACUGCGGCUGGCUGGCCUGGGGCUGCGGCGGCUGGACGAGGGGCUCUUCAGGCGCUUACGCAACCUCCAUGACCUGGACGUGUCCGACAACCAGCUGGAGCGCGUGCCGCCUGCCAUCCAGGGCCUGCGGGGCCUGACACGCCUGCGGCUGGCUGGCAACACCCGCAUUGCCCAGCUGCGACCCGAGGGCCUGGCCGGCCUGGUGGCCCUACAGGAGCUGGACCUGAGCAACCUGAGCCUGCAGGCGCUCCCACAUGAGCUCUCGGGCCUCUUCCCCCGCCUGCGGCUCCUGGCAGCCGCCCGCAACCCCUUCAACUGCGUGUGCCCCCUAAGCUGGUUUGGGCCUUGGGUACGGGAGAGCCAUGUGGCACUGGCCAGCCCGGAGGAGACUCGCUGCCACUUUCCGCCCAAGAAUGCUGGCCGACUGCUCCUAGACCUCGAAUACGCUGACUUUGGCUGCCCGGCCACCACCACCACAGCCACGGCACCCACCACAAAGCCCGCAGUGUGGGGGCCUACGUUCUCACCUUCCAGUCCAGCUCCCAUCUGGCUCAACCCCACGGAGCCGGCCACUGAGGCCCCCAGCCUGCCCCCUGCUGCGCCACCCACGGUGGGGCCUCCCCCCCGGCCCCAGGACUGCCCGGCAUCCAUUUGCCUCAACGGGGGCACCUGUCACCUGGGGGUGCAGGGCCACCUGGAGUGCCUGUGCCCUGAGCUCUUUGUGGGGCUGUACUGUGAGAGCCGAGUGAGGCAGGGGCCUCAGCCCAGCCCAGCCCCGGCCACGCUGGAGCCGCCCCAGCCCCUGCCCCUGGGCAUCGAGCCGGCCAGCCCCACCUCCCUGCGCGUGGGGCUGCAGCGCUACCUGCAGGGCAGCACCGUGCAGCUCAGAAGCCUCCGCCUCACUUACCGCAACCUGUCAGGUCCCGACAAGCGGCCAGUGACGCUGCGCCUGCCCGCUUCACUUGCAGAGUACACCGUCACCCAGCUGCGGCCCAAUGCCACCUAUUCCAUCUGCGUCAGGCCUCUGGGGGUCGGGCGCGUGCCCGAGGGUGAAGAAGCCUGUGGGGAGGCCCGCACGCCACCAGCCAUCCGCUCUAACCACGCCCCUGUCACCCAGGCCCGAGAGGGCAACCUGCCACUCCUCAUUGCCCCGGCGCUGGCGGCUGUGCUCCUGGCUGCGCUGGCUGCUGUGGGGGCGGCCUACUGCGUGCGGCGGGGGCGGGCGGCAGCAGCUGUAGCUCACGGCAAAGGACAGGUGGGGCCUGGGACUGGGCCCCUGGAGCUGGAGGGAGUGAAGGCCCCCUUGGAGCCAGGCCCCAAGGCGACUGAGGGCGGUGGGGAGGCCCCACCCAGCGGGCCUGAGUGUGAGGUGCCACUCAUGGGCUACCCGGGGCCCGGCCCCCAGGGGUCCCUCCCCACCAAGCCCUACAUCUAAGCCCGGGAACGACAGGCUGCUAGGCCGGGCUCUCUGCCCUGCUGGGACCUGCCAGUGCCCUCCUGUUGCCAGACCAAGGAAGUUCUCAGAUCCCUACCAGGAGGACACAUCAGGGUAGGGGCCGUGUGACCACAGUAAGACCCCGCCCCUCCGUCUCCUCAUCUACGAGAUUCUGGGACCCAGGUGACCACCUCUAAGGUGCCAUAAGCCUGAGUGCCUACGAGGAUGGCGUCUGCCCUGUCCUCUGCAAUGUACAACCCCUGGGGAAGGCGGGGCAGGCCCUGCCGUGUGCUGGUAACACAGGCCCAGGGCUGCCAGGCCCCCCUCCCAAGAAGACUCUGGGAGCCAGUGAUGGAAGCCCCCAGAAAGACAGCAGAGGGAGAGUGGGUCUGGGGAUGGGGCAUGUGGGUCAGCCUCGGCCCCAAGGAGCAAAGGAACAAAAGAAACUGGAAGGACAGACGCUUUAGGAACAUGUUUUGCUUUGGUUUUUAAAAAAUAUAUUUAUAAGAGAUUCUUUCCCGUUUAUUCUGGGAAAAUGUUUUUCAAACUCAGAGACGAGGACUUUGGUUUUCGUAAGACAAACAAUGAUAUGAAGGCCUUUUGUAAGAAAAAUAAAAGAUAAAAUGAGUGUGUUUCUCUGGCAUGGCCCAAGGUACCUGGAAGGAGGGUAGGUGUAAAGGGAUAGCUCUCUUUGUGGGGAAGCUGGGAGCCAGGAGCCCUCUCCCCGAUGGGCACCAGGCCCUAAUCAGCAAGCCCUGGGCUUGGGAGGGCUGUUGCUGAGGACCAUGCCAGGAAGGGUGGCCCUUCCAGGUACCCUGCCCUGGGCUAUGUCUGCCCAGCCUCAACUGGGGUGCCUGGUGCAACCUCUCAGUUGAGACUGGGAUGCAGGCAGGAGCAGGGAUGGGAGGUAGGCAGCUUCGAUCUCGGAGAAGAGGAACAUGAGGGCAGCCUCACCCCACCCAGGCCCAGUGGUCUGCCAGCAGGAACUGUAGCACUCCUGUGAAGCUGGGGAAAGCUCAUGGCAAAUAAAGGCCAAGAGGGUCCCCAAGGAUCCCUCCUUGGGGAAGGGCCUGACAGGCAUUUCACUGCCUACCUUCCUCUGUGAAGGGGUACCUAGAGCUGUUUCCUGAAGGCCCCCACAUGGUCCUGGGCCAGGCAGAGCACACAGCAGCUCUCCCUGUAGUCCUGAUACCCUUCUGCGUGGGCUCAGACUGGGAAACCUUGCUCCUGGCCUCCUGUUCCAGAAGCAAAGAGGGGUCUUGGUGGAGGGGCGGCACAGAUCCUGAAUGACAGGAACCGUCUGGUGAGUGGGGAGGAGGGGCCAAGCCAGGGCUGUUAGGGGCAGGUAGCCUGGGGACAGGACCAAAGGUCUGAGCCUAGCUUGUAAAGGCCUGAUGGCCCUGUGAUGCCCCUUUACUCUCUGCGCUUGGGAUGUACCCAGGCUUUCCAGAAACCCCGGAAGUGGGAGUGUUUUCCAGGAAGGCCACGGGCUGUGUGGGGGCAGGGUCAGGGAUGCAGACUGCAGCUCUGGCCUGGACUGGGUGCUGGGAGCUUGGGAACAAGGACGGUAGCACAGCACCUUCUCCUAGGACCCUGAGACGGGAGGUAAAGCGGGCCCUGAGGCUCCAGAGAGGCACUGCAAACCCUGAACAAGCCUCUCCGGGGCGCCAUGCCUGUGUCCCCUCUGCAGGUCACGGCCCCUGGGUCCCACUAGCCUCACCCUGGAUGGAAGGAGGCAGCUCAGCCAGGCAUGGGAGCAGGCCCCGUGGCUCAGGGCGUUGAUGUCAGCGCCGAGUCAGGCCCAGCCACGCGAGGCUCUGGAUUCAAUUAGCGGCCGCUGAGGGUUCUGGCAUGGAAAAGGAGGAGGUGGGCGGUGGGUGGCGGGCAGAGGAUGGUGGCAGUGAGCCUGGGUGGGGCCCCUUCUUCCUGAGGCAGCAGCGGCCCAGGUGGAUUUCCUGUGAGCCUGGGUCCCAUUAGGGGAGCGGCUAUGGUGAGGCCUGCCCUCCCCCUCGGCAGCCCUGUCAAAGGGGCCAUUGUGGGCCUGUGGGCUGUUGCUGAACACAGCGUGGUUGCUGAAUAAAUGUUUUCA